UGCCGUCAGCGUUGCUUGCUGUUGAAGUCUGUGAACUUCUUAACUGACUUGGUGUAUUACACACAAGGGGACGGAACUGGAGUGCACAAACUGAGCCACCUUGAGCAAGGAAGAGAACAUGAGCACCGACAAGUGUCCUAAGCGAGAAUACAACGAAAGCACUGAAAAUGUGAAAAAGCGACAAAGGACGGAUCAAAGGCACCUAGCUGCCUUGGUUCUGGCGAGGGGAGGAAGCAAAGGGAUCCCGCUGAAAAACAUCAAAUCCUUGGCAGGGAUCCCACUCAUCGGCUGGGUGCUGCGAGCGGCAAUUGACUCGGGGAUUUUCGACAGUGUGUGGGUUUCAACGGAUCAUGAUGAAAUUGAAAAAGUGGCCAAAAGAUUUGGAGCACGGGUACACCGUAGAAGUGCAGAAGUAUCUGAAGACACUUGCAGCUCCCUUAUGACGAUCCAGGAAUUUCUCAGAAGAAAUGAAGACCAAGGUAUUGAUGUUGUUGCUAAUAUUCAAGCCACUUCCCCUUGUCUGCAUCCCUUUCACAUCCAAGAAGCGAUGAGAAAAAUCACUGAAGAAGGUUGUGAUUCAGUGUUUGCAGUUGUAAGACGGCAUCAGUUUCGCUGGAAGGAGGUGAAGCAUGAAGGUGAAAUAACUGAACCAUUUAACUUAGACCCCCUCAACCGGCCACGAAGGCAGGACUGGGACGGAGAACUUGUUGAGAAUGGCUCAUUUUAUAUUGCAAAGUCUGAUAUGAUCCUGAAAGGAUAUAUGCAGGGUGGCAAACGUGCUUAUUAUGAAAUGGAACCAGAGUACAGUGUGGAUAUUGAUGUUGAUAUUGACUGGCCAGUUGCUGAACAAAGAGUGCGCAGGUAUGGAUAUUUUGGAAGUCAUUCGGAAAAAGUAAAGCUGCUUGUCUGCAAUAUUGAUGGCUGUUUGACUAAUGGACAAGUUUGCUUGCAAGAGAAAAAGGAAUCUCCCUCAUUUAAUGCCAGAGAUAUGAUCGGUCUGGAAAAUUUGAAGAAAAAUGGGGUUGAGGUACUUCUGAUCUCAUCUUUGGACUUGCACAGCAACCAGUUAUUAGCUAAGAAAGUAGUUUGUGAACUGAAGCAAAAUGUUUCCAAUAAGCUUGACUUUGUUGAGACAUGGUUAAAAGAGAAGCAGUUGUCAUGGCAAGAAGUGGCUUAUUUUGGAUGUUAUGAAUAUGACAUUCAGUGUCUUAGAAAUGCUGGAGUAAGUGGAGCCCCAAAGGAUGCAACUGCUGUUUCUUGCGAAUCUGUGACAUUUACUAGCAAAAGCCCAGGAGGGUGUGGAGCAGUGCAGGAAUUUGCAGAUUACGUACUGCUGGUCAAUGAAAAAUGUGCAAGCAGGCAUGAUAAAUAGUGAUGCAUCUUAGAAAUGAUGAGCAACUUUUGUGGUACUAAAUACUUUGGUUGAAUACAAAAAAAAGCUUUUAAACUGGGAAAAUAUUCUGUAAAAUACUUACAGUGUCACUUAACAUUGCUUCUUAAAGUGAUUCAUUUUUAAAACCGAUUAUUUUAUGGAUUCUCAAAGCAAUUUACUGUCAUACAAAGAGAGAACAAGAGAGCAGGGUCCUAAAAGAGAAGCUGCAGGUUGUGAAAAUGGUAUAAUUCAACAACCACAGGUUUAUCUUUAAUUUGAGUAUUCUUAAUUCUGUAAAUCUUAAGAAUUGUGAACAAGACCCAGACUGCUGCCACUGUUUUAGACUGAAGGGUGUUCAUUUUGAAGUUCUGCUGUGACAGUGUAUUUUUUAAACUGCCGCUUUAAUUUUAAGUAAAGGAAAUUUGUUGGAAUUAAAUCGAGAUUUUAGGUAUAUUGCAAGUUCCAGAAGGAUUUUUGUGGUAUCAUGCUUUUCAGCCAUUUAUGAUUCUUCAAAAUUUAUUAAAUUAGAAUACUCAUGUCCACAACUUAAAAAUAAUUGAAUGGAGUGAAAAAAAUGUUUUUUUUUUUUAAAUCAGCCUCUUUUGGGAGCGUCGUUCUGUACAUUUUAUAAAGUUUUCAUAAAUCUAAAAUGAUUUUUAGACAUACUGUAUUAAUGGGAUGUUAAAACAUUUGUUUAACUCCCAGUUUCCUUAAUACACUUUUUAGGCCUUCCAUUCCUUUGUUUUACAUUUUUUGUCAAACUACAGUACUGAUUUAUUAUAAAAAUGAAGGUGCUGGGUAAAAUUUUACAAAGAUCUUUUUAUGUUUACAUUUUUUCUAUAUGAUUGUUCUUAUGAGAGAAAUCUUAGCUUUUAAUUUUUAAGGUAUUAAAAAUGUACCCAAAAGUAAACUGAACUAGCUGAAAAUAACUUUAAUUUGUUACAUUAGUGAAAUGGUGACUUUAUGCAGAAUAUAUACAGUAAUAGCGGAUUUCGCUGUAGCUUUGGUGUCAGAUAUGUGGACAUGAAACAAUAUUUCUAAUUCCAGAAAAUGCUGAAAAAUGUAUUUGAAACAUUGCAAUUUUGGUCAGGACGGUGGUAUAUUUUGUCAUGUAUUUCCUCCUUUAUUAACAUCUGUUUUCUUCUGUGCCAACCCCCUGAUUUAAUGUGAUAUGAUAUUAUAGGAUAGGAUAUGGCAUUUAUUUCUUUUUUGCAUAUUCUUAUAAGGCAAGGUAUUCAGUUGUUGCCAAUUUAGUGUAUUUAAACUGAACAGUUUCUGGACCUUCAUGUUGUCACCAUAUUUAUGUAAAAUUUCUUCUGAAGUUUCACACAUAUUGUAAACUGACAUACAUUGCAUAUGAACCUGUAUUUCAGUCUGAGGAGAGCAUUUGAUUGGCUGCUUUUGAUAAAGUCUAUGUAGAUGUAUAUUUAUUUUACAUAGGUUUAUAGGGUCAUUAUUGUCAUAUGUACAGAGUACAAUGAAAGUCUUACCCUUGUGUGCUAACCAACACACAGCAAGUCGCCACUCUCUUCUUUAAUGAUUAUUGAAUAUGGCUACUUUACCUUGGGACUUCUUUCUUCCUUUCCUGAGAAAUCCUAACACACAUUAGAGCUUUUAUUUGAGUAUCUGUGACUUUUGUAUUUUACACAAUGUUUUCCCAAAAUGGAAUGUUUAGGUGUAAUCAGGCAUUCUUUCCACUGCAACCUAAACUCAUUAUUAUUGCCUUUUGCAGUCACAUGAUUGAAAAUGGCUUGUCUGUUUGUUCUUGUGUAUAAGUGAUAACAUUUGAGGAAUAACAGAUACUACAUACGUAUACACAUCCACCAAAAAUAUAAUUGUUUUUUUCUGGGAAAUUUUAGUUUCACGUGUUAAUAUUCUUUUAAUCCUGAACAAGCCAUUAAUUUGUUCUCUUUUACAACAAGCCUGAGGUUAUGAUGGAGUAUAUUGUUUUUUGAUUUGCUUUGUUUAUAGGAUGAAAUAUAUUUUCUAAUUGAAAAUAAAUACAUAUGAAGUGAGAGUACAGUUUUACAAUGUACCAAUCAAAACAGGGUAUGUAAAACAAAUACAGUACAUAUAGUAAUGUAUAAAAAUGUACAAUGUGUGCUGUAGCUGCUUUUGAAAUACUAGAUGCCUGUCAUAAAACAAUUGGUAAGGAUAUUAUUACAAGUUUAUGCUACCCAUGGCUAUUUAUUAUAUGUGAAAGAGCACAGGCAUAUAUCUGCAGAGUUCUAUCAGUGGUGGGGUUUGCCACGAGUAUGUUUUCUCAGUGGUUUUAAUAGCCUACCUAGAAAUAUUUGGAGCUGUUUGUUCUUCUUUAGCACUCUGUACAUGACCUCUGGACAUGUCUUCUCACGCCUUAAGCACUAUUACAACACCACAUACACAGACCUGCUUUCUUUGAUUGGUACUGAUACUAAUAACUUGUGCCCUUUCUGCCCCUUGCUUGCUCAAGUGACCAGGAGUGUCCUGGACAAACUGUAUUUUAUGACAAUUUUAAAAUCUCUUCAUUCUUGUUCUGUUACUCACCUGUCUAUAUCAGGAGCUUAACACAAAAGUGGGGGAACCAGCCCUGUCUGCAGUGGCCGUCCAUUAUAGAUCCUGGUAACAAAUUUAUAUAAUAAAAAAAGUAGGAAUUCAAAACAGAAUGUGUACAUUACUUUAUUAUUGAAUUUGACUCGUGCUAAUUGAAAUACUGUUCUUGAUAUGCAUUAUUUACAAUGUGGGUUAUUUUUUUUUUAAUGUCAUACAGUCUGUUCAGCAACAUGUCUCCAAAUUAUGUUUAAAAUGUAAUCAUUUAAUACUAAAGUAAUACAGAAAUGAGUAACAUGAAUGCAUUUAUUUUAUUUAUAAAGCUGCAUUUAGUAGAUGCUUGUGUUAAAGGGUGCUAAUCACGGAUGGAAACACAAAGUAAUCAGUCGUUUGGGUUGCUCUUAUGAUUGUCAAAUGAAUGAAAAAAGCCUAAACUCUCUUUCUUCUAGUUCUAGAUGUUGCAUGGUUCUAAUUGUGUCAUUCUUUUUGCUGAUUUUACUAACUUGCAAAUCAGUCAUCCAUUUUCAGCAGCAAUAACCAUAGAUCAUAGAGAAGUAAUUACAUCAUUAAUUUCAAAUGUGUCCUGAAAACAUCUCUUUUUGCCACAUUCUGCAUACUGAAUGGCAUUACAUGCUAUCAAAAAUGCUUUUUUACUACAGCAGUCAAAUUUUGCUGUCCCUUUUUUGAUUUUUCUGGAACCAUUUGUAAUGCUGUGGGAGACUGGAGCCCAUUUGGACAGGAUUGACUGAGUAAGGUUCCAGGUCAUCACAACGCACAGUCACACAUAAUAUCCACACUCAUUCAUUUGAGGCUAAUUUUGUCUUUUGUCUCUAGGGCCAUGAAAUUGGCAGAAGUGUAACAAGAGCCUAAACCUAUUCAAUGUAUACAUCAAUGCUGACCUUCAGCACCGUUAGUCUACAAAUCUUAGACAGCCAUAUUGUAAAGAAUUAGCAAAACUGCUUCUGCAUGCUGAUGACUACCUCUUGUUCCCUACGCAACUGUGGAUUAGGUGCUAAUCCAGUAUUGAACAAAUAUUCAGUUGCACUAAAUGUUCUCAUCUAAAUCAGUUAAGAAAUUGACGAUGAAUGAUUGAAUGCAGUAAUCAUCAUAAUGAGUACUUGUAAUCUUUUUAGUAUUAGUGCCUAAGUAUAUUUUUUGCACUCUGUUUACCAGUGUCUUUUAUAUGUCAGCUUUCCAGUUUGAUGCUCAUUCUAUGUUUUACUAUUUCUGCAUUUUUAACUCUUAGUUUCUUGAUUUUUUUUUUGAUUGGUUAUGCAUGAUAGGGAACAAUGAAUGGAAUGUUUUAUGUUCUGAUAGACUGAAUGAUUAUAAGUGACUUGUGUUGUAGUAGCCAUAUAUGUUACUCAAAGUGAACUUUCCUAGUAGUAGAGGAACUUGAUUGUUGAGUUUUUCUUAAUUUUAUUUCCAAAGAGGUGUCUGUUUCAAAUGGACUGAAGGAAUGUAAUGAAUAAAAGUUUAAAAUAUUCAAAUUUGACAAUGUACAUUUUUGAAAUGUCUUGUUUACAUAUUUUAUUUGUUCUGUUUUAAAUGGGAAUAAAUGUUUGGGUGGAAAAAUGA